UGCACAUUCACCCGGAAGCAUGCAGAACUCCCAAAGAUGGCGGAGCAAUGUCCAAUGGCGAUAGCUAUGCGGCUAAGAAAUCAACUUCAGUCGGUCUAUAAGCUUGACCCUUUGAGAAGUGAGGAGGAAGUCAAACUGAAAAUCAAGGAUCUGAACGAACACAUCGUGUGUUAUUUGUGUGCGGGGUACUUCAUUGAUGCCACGACUAUAACUGAAUGUCUGCAUACCUUUUGUAAAAGUUGCAUUGUGAAAUAUCUUCAGACCAGCAAAUAUUGCCCAAUGUGUAACAUCAAAAUUCAUGAAACUCAACCACUGUUGAAUCUAAAGUUGGACAGAGUAAUGCAAGACAUUGUUUACAAACUGGUGCCAGGACUACAAGAGAGUGAGGACAAGAGAAUAAAAGAAUUUUAUCAGUCGCGAGGCCUAGAGAGAGUUAUUCAACCAUCUGGGGAAGAUUCAAUGCCUGACAAUACAGGAUUACCGUACACCAGCUUUGAUCACUCUAAGGCCCAUUUCUACAGAUAUGAUGAGCAGGUCUCACUCUGUCUGGAGAGGCAAAACACAUCUUUGUCAGGAAAAGACAAAAACAAGUUAACUCUACAGCAAAAGUUUGUGCGUUGUUCAGUCCGAGCAGAAGUCAGGCAUCUAAGGAAAGUGUUAUGUCAUCGACUCAAUGUGGAGAAGCACCAGGUCCAGAUGUUGUUCAAUAAUGAGUCUCUCCCAGAUCACAUGACCAUGAAGAGGCUGUGGCUCUCACACUGGUUUGGAAAGGCCCAACCAUUGGUUCUGCACUACACCAUCAAGGACAAACGAACAAGAUAGGACUUUUUAAUGGUAUUAAUUGGUGUAAAUAUUUU